AUGGCAAUGCGGAAGAGCUUGAAGUCUAAAACAAGCAGCAAGUUGGUGAUCACCUCCGUUGCCUUUCAAGACCACAUCACACGGACCCUGCUGCGUCCAGAUUUUUCAUUUUCUGAUCCUUUGCUGAGAUGCAAAGGAAAAGCACCCAGAAAUCCACAAGCGAGAGGGAGAGAGGAGGAGAAGGGUCCGCAGAGACAGGGUGGGCGAGACGAGAGAGAAUAUGUGCUUGAUCCUGCUUCACCUCCUUUAACAUUAGCUCAGAAGAUGGGUUUGGUGGCUUCCCCAGCAGAGAGACUGACGGAGGACGAAUGGACGCAGGUCAAGACGAGGUCUGUGCAGCAGGGGGAAUCAGCUCAGCCCUGUGCAAUAUGCAGGGAGGAGUUUCACCUUCAGCCUCAGGUGUUGGUGUCUUGCUCUCAUGUUUUCCACAGAGCAUGUCUGCAGGCCUUUGAGAGGUUUUCUGGGAGGAAGUGCUGCCCUCUGUGCAGAAGGGAGCAGUAUGAAACACGGGUGAUACAUGAUGCAGCUCGCCUCUUCAGACACCAGUGUGCUACCAGAAUUCAAGCGUGCUGGCGAGGCUACGUUGCGCGAAAGUGGUACAGAUGUAUGAGGAAAACAAUCUGCCCAAAAGACAAACGGCUGCGACGCAAAUUCUUCGAGGCAAAGUUGCAGGAGUUGAAUGACAGCUUUGUCCGAUACUGUCACACCGACAUGGAGGCUUUUCUGAGUGAUAUCGACCGCUCCCUGUCAUCAAGCAGACGAGUGUUCCAGCAGCUGGAGAGAAAGAGCGUCUCCGAACCGCAGGAGAACGACUGGGACCGAAUACAGAGCCAGGUAAUCCAGAGAGGUGUCUGGGACUGCCCCAUCUGCCUGACUGCACUGUGCAGCCCCAACCUCCCAACAGAAGCUGGUGGAUCCAACCAUGAACAACGCAGACGGACCGUGCUCCUCUCCUGUUCUCACCUCUUCCACCACCUCUGUUUAGAGGCCUUCGAGUCCUUCGCUGCAGACAGCAGACCUUCGUGUCCCCUGUGCAGAUCUGUCUACCACAAAAAGCUCAUCUAA